CUGUCAAAAGUGUCAAAUACCAAUUGUCAUUGUCAAUGUAAUAUUAAUAAAUUUGAGUUUACUAAUUUGUGAAUUCAGUUUUCAUUUAAUUAAAACUGUGUUAUAUGUUUAUUUUAAUAACCUCUAAGUAUUUGUCUAUAUAGUUAUGGUAUACAGCGUUAAGAACUCUAAUAUACAUUACAUAUUUUUAUAAGAUUACAAGAAAUAACAGACACAAUGGCUGUGAACGCUGCUCCUAUAACAGCGACCGACAGUUUAUCCCAAGCUUUAAAAGCAAACAUUAUACCUAAUCAAGAAUAUUUAUUACAAGGCUCAGUUUUAGAUUCGGCUGUAGAAGUUCUUCUACACCGCCUUCGCGGUCUCUGCGACAAUGUUGAUGCAGGUCCAGAAACGUUUGAUGAUCAAGAAGUUUGUUUUAGCUUGAGAGAUCCUAAUCAGCAGUCAACACCAUUAACCCUACGUGUAAGGAAAGCUUUAGAUGCAAGAGAUAUGCCUUACCAGUUGAGAUAUAUUGGACAGCCAGACUUGGGAGACAAAAAUAGACCAACUGUUGUGCGAUCAAGCCUUGACAUAGCUUGUAGUGGAAUGCUCAUUGAAUUCCUCAAUGAAUUAGGAUGUCGAAUUGAAUUUGAAUAUAGUGUUAAAGGCUACAUGUUUAGAAAAGGAAGAAUGAAAAUAACAGUAGCAAAGGUGUUCAAAAUAUCUCAGAGUUCAAUGCCUCCAGAGCCUAUCUCACAAAGUUACCUUGUGGAACUGUCUGUAUUAGCCCCUCAAGGACAAGAUGCUAUUGGUGAAGAUAUGCGUGCAUUUGCAGACCAACUGCGACCACUUGUCCAACUGGAUAAAAUAGAUUAUAAACGACUAGGUCAUAUGUCAGUCACAUAGCCAAUGUUUCUUACUUAGGUAGGCUUUACACUGAUUAUUUUAAAACAAAAAAGUUAAGUAUAAAGCCUGCCUUAGUAUAUUACAAUAAUGUACCCAUUCCAAAUGGGAAAUAUUUUUGCAGAUACAUCUAAACAAACAUAAUAUAAACUAAUUUAUAAUUUAUUACUCAAUAUAAAUAUACUUUUAUAUUUUUUUGUACAUCUUGAAACAUAAACUUGGAAAAUUGACAAAGCUGAUGUACAAGAGGUGGCAAUGUUAUAGAUUCAAGACUAACUUAACGCAGAUGAAAAAUUUAUGGAAAUGUAUUUCUUUAUUAAUGUACAUUAAAUUAAUGUCUAUAGUCAGAGCUGUUAGGUUAUAUAAUUAAAAAAAAACAAUUAUGUAUUAAAAAUAUUUCCAUUAAAAAUAACAUCUUGGAAAAAAUAAUAUUAUGUCAACUCUUCUAACAUGCAGUAGUCAUCUGUCAUAACGUUAUUUGUAUAAUAAAACAAAAUAGUUUUUUUUAUUUUGGAAAAAAAUAAUGUAAAAAUUGGUACUGUUAGUUACUCUUUGUGUUAUUUUAUAAGAGAUGCAUACUUUAAUUAGUCAAGUUACAUAAAUACAAUAGGUUAACACAAUUAAAUUUUAAAUAUGAACAUUCUUAAAC